AUGAUAGGAUCCCUGGUCAGUCAACUCUGCUUUCAAAGCGGGAUUUUCCCGAUCGAACUCGAAGAAGCUUUUCAACAAGUUCACAAUACGGUUGGUCACCAAAAGCCGACAUUACAGCUUCUUCGACAGAUUCUGGAAAACUUUGUGCAACGGUCUCAUGUUGUGAUUUUAAUCGAUGCCCUAGAUGAAUGUCUCCAGCGACAGGAGGCGGUCGACUUCAUCUCAGGUCUACAGAGAACAAAAUCCUCCCCAAGUAUUCUGAUCACGAGCCGAGAUGAUGUAGAGAUGCAAGCUGGUUUGUACAUGUUUACCCACAUGAGAAUUGAAGGCCAUUUAGCAGAAGUUAAUCAAGACGUGGAGUCAUAUAUCAAGCACCGGCUUUCGUCAGAGCGAAGACUACAGUGGCUCAAUGAUAGUGUCAAAGAUGACAUAGCUAGUCUGCUGAUCGAGAAGUCCGCUGGGAUGUUUCGCUGGGUCCAAUGCCAGAUCGACGCCAUAGCAAUUCUUCGCACAGUCAAGGCCAUUCGCGCUGCUCUCAAGGAACUUCCCAAGGGACUGGACGAAACAUACGACAACAUCUUAACAAAAAUUCCAGACUCGGACACGGAAACCGUGCGCCGAAUUCUGAUGUGGGUUUCAUUCGCCGUCAUGCCCCUGACCCUGAGUGCCGUCCAUGAGGCAAUUGCCAUCGACCCUUAUAUGGACCACCUGGACGAAGAAUCAACUCUGCGGACCCCGCAAGACAUGCUUGACCUCUGUGGUAGUCUGGUUAUUGCGUCUGAGGAAGGGUAUCUUGGACUCGCCCAUUUGUCUGUGAAGGAGUAUCUCCUCUCACAGCGAACCAAGCAGAAUAAGGCCGUAUCGGCGUAUGCACUCGAACCAGACAGCGCUAACCAUGAACUUGCUGAGAAUUGCCUGGCCUAUCUGUCUUUCCAUGAAUUAUCCUCUGGACCUUGUCCGAGCGCUGACGACUACACAUCCAGGCUGAUUCGCUUACCACUGGUCAACUAUGCGGCGGUCAGCUGGUCGUACUUCGUCCGCGCUACGACGGUGACCCCGAAAUUACAGGACCGCAUUACCCGAUUUUUCCACACGCCUCCAUCACCAACCUUCAUGUCCUGGGUGCAGGUCUUGAACGCAAUCCAUGGGAGCUGGGACUUCUACCCUCACACCACGACGACGCUGUACUACGCGUCGACGUUCGGUCUAGCUGAUACGGUGGAAGAUCUGCUCCGUAACCCGGACAUUAAGGCUCUCCUCGACGCUCCGGGGAGCCGCUUCGGCGGCACCGCACUACACGGCGCCGUCCUUCGCGAGCAUCUAAGCGUCAUGCAACUCCUGUUGGAUGCCGGGGCUGACGCAAACAAGGCUGACCUGAACAAGAUUAGCCCACUGCACACAGCAGCAGAGUACGGCAACCCGGAUGUCAUUACGAUGCUCCUGGAAGCCGGAGCGAACCUGCACGCUCUUGACCAUGAAGGCCAAACCCCGUACGACUGGGCUGUCCGCGCCGCCAACUCCGUGGCAAUCAGUAUGUUAUCCAGGGCCGCCGAGUUAUUAACAGAGGUCAAUCCAGGUCCCCCUUUUCCUUCCACUCCACCGUCGAGCAGACCUAGUUCGUUUCCCGGCAGCGCAGAGUUACCAUCAUACCCGACAGACCCUCGAAAUGAAGCCAUUUUGUUGAUGUCCCGCCGAGGAACGCUCCGGCUCGACUCGAGAAUAAGCUUUCUGAAUCGGUCCAAGAGCGCGGACUCGUGA